GAUGACGGACGUAGAUAUGGCUGAUGAGGAUUCACUCGUGCGGAGGCGCUCUAGGCGCGCCACUGCAGGAAACAGGAUGGAAGCUGCGCUUGCGGAGAUGGCAGCUUUGCACCCGGAGCCUGAGUUAGAGGCGGAUGAUAAAGACUUCACUGAUGCUAAAGAUGAAGACGAAAUCUUUGAUUCUGACUUCCAGAGCACGGACGAAGAAGAUGUACAAGAUGAAGACGUCGUGGCGGAGAAGGAAAUCGCUGCAGAGGAGAAGCAAGCUCGUAAAUCAGCGCGUCAACGUGUAACUCGAGCUCUCGAAACACGAAAACCCGCUCCUACAGCUAGCUCGUCAAACAAAGCCGAUGUAGGGACUAGAACACCGUCAAUUCCUAAACGAAAAGAGAGACCUUCGACUCAUCGCUCACUUGACGCCACCACCCGUGAAUCACUCACAAAACGCAAAAGUCGAAGACAAAGCACGAUUCUGAGCUCUCAAAUCCUCAAUUCGCGUCUCAAAGACGCGGAAGAACGUCGAGCUCUACUACCCAAACGACCUAAAGAAGUAACAGUAAUGUACACCCAGGCUGAGCUUUUGGCGAGGGCGCUUGAUACAGAGGAGGGGAAUAUCGUUUCGCAUCGGAAUUAUUUGGAGGAGGAAGAGGAGAAGAGGAGACGGGCGAAGGUAGUUAGGCAGAAGUUGAGUGGUCCUGUGUUGAGUUGGGUUAGUAAGUUGGAGGAUGAGGUGGUACCUGUGGAGGGGCCGUCUAUGCCGCCGUUUGCGGUGCAUGCUACUACUGGUGCAAAUGGGCCACAGGGGUAUUCUAGUACCCAGAACGUAUCAAGCAAUACAGGUACAGGCGGACAACAACAUGAUGCAACAUCCGUGCCGGACUCCUACACCUCGCCUUUCACGAACCUACAAACGUUACCACAAUCUCAAUCACAUUCACCUCCCUCAAAGACCGAAAAGGUAAACAAGAGUUACCUCGAACAUAGGGUGGAUGAAGGGCAACCCAAACCUGGUUGGAGCGAGACGAUGACAGCGGUAUUUGGAUCACAUGUGAAUUGGGAGGAGGUGAAGGUGUAUACAGGGAAGCAUCGCCCGCUUUCGCGACCAGUCGAUAAAUGUCCAAUUACAGGCAGCACUGCGAUCUACCGCGACCCACGAUCUGGUGUACCUUUUGCGAACGUCGAGGCGUAUAAGACUUUGUCACGCCUACUGACACACCAGUAUGUAUGGAACGACGAAUUACGUUGUUACACAGCCGAUGAGAAGGCUGCACAGCUUGAGCCGGAAAUAGACGAGGCGGUAGACGAGACGACGCCGCCGGAUGAUUCUGCUACCCCCAGUUGACGAGGCUUGUUCGCGGACUCCUAUCUUAUACCUUCUCUUUUUUAUUAUGACUUGGAUGUAUCAAUAAAAUUAAUGGGUGUAAUG